AUUACAUUGUGUAAAUUGUUGAAUUUAAUUAUUAAAUCAUUUUUCUCUCAUAAAAUAUCGAUUUACUUUGAACAUUAUGUACUUGUGGUGUCUGUAAUCUCUAUCUAAAUUAGUUUAUGUGUAUUUACACUAGCGGUGAUAAAGUAGAUUUCAACAGAUUUAUUAAAGAUCAGUUUUAAAGUUAUUUGUUCUCAACAAGAAGUAAAAUAUUAUCUAAAAUUUAUCAGUGUGAAAAAUGGCGGUUCCACAUAUAACGUCAUUUUGUUGGUGCAUGGGGUUGGAGGCUGGCUGCAAGUUCAUUGGAUUUGUGCAUUUGCUGACAGCAUGCAGUCUGAUGGUGGUGUGUUCGAUAUACGCGGAAGGCUUCCGCGCCUUCGCGGGCACAGCCGAAGACGCGGGCGACCACGUGUACAGCACCUGGUACGCCAUCAGCACCACGGUGGCGGUGCUGAGCGCGGUUCAUGUUCUUCUGGCCGGUUCUCUGCUGUACGGGGCUUACACGCGGUCCAGCCGAGUGCUUCGCGGAUGGGUGUUCGUGAUGUGCGCGCUGUCUCUGUCCUCGCUGCUGUACAUCUUGGGCUCCAUGCCCUGGGGCUUCUCCUCCUCGGGCUCCGAAAUCUACUUGGCGGUCGUGGAGGGGAUCUUCUUUUACGGCUCGAUGCUGUACUGCAUCCUCUGCGUCAACAGCUUUUACCUGAUGCUGAAGAGCACCGAAGAUAUGCGAGGACCCAAGGCCGACUAUUGAGCGGACGUCGUCGGUGGCUUUUGAGGCUUUUUCAGUCUCCGUUCUGUCUUAUUGCUUUCAAGUUUGAAUGAAACAAUUCCAUUAGGCAUCUAUUUAAGCGAGUAUUUUACGUAAACGGUCCUCCACCGUCCCUUGCCCCACGGUGUCGAGAAGUUCAAAUGUUUAUAAAUUUUCGUCGAUGCCGCUUAUUAUAUUUAUGUAUAAGGGAAAACGAAUUGUAUGCGAAAUAUUCUGAUGCCAAAGAAUCUCAAUUUUAUAUAGAAAUUGAAGUAUUAUAGAGUUUUAUGAGAAAAACAUUUUUAAAAGAAAUCGAAUGUCGUAUUUACGCGAAGAAAUUGAAUUUAAAGAAAUGUAUAAUAUUUUAACUAUAUUUACAAUAUUGAAUUAUGUAUUUUUGAUGAUUUUGCCGAGUCUAAUAUGCGGACCAUUCUUUACUAAAAAACAAUUUGUUUCGGAGGCUUCGAUCUGUCAGAUUGAGAUGAAAUGUCCUCUAUCAUAUAUUUCAAGGUGACCUUUCACCCUCUGACUCGCAUAUUUUCAUAUAUUAGUAUACAGAUAUACAGACUCACUCCGAGUGCCAUACUGUUAUAUAGUGCUGUUUGUCUGGUGAUAUAAAUGUGAUUUUAUACUUUUUCAAUAUAUUAUGUUGAUUUUGACUUAAUAAAGGGUCAUUUUGCGCCACUUUUUUAAUAUGUUUCAACAGUUAAGUUUAACUGUUUAAUGCUUAACACUUAAUUAAUAUUAAGAAUAUAUAACCUUAGCAUAUAAGUAAUUGUUAUUGUUGUUUCUGGUUGAGACUUAACUAUUAUUUUAAGUACAUUUGUAUCGAACAUAAAAUGUCGAAUUACUUCUGUAAUUAUAUUUUUUUGUUAAUAUCGCCAUCUGAGCCCAAACCUUCGACCUUACCGAUAAUGGGUGGAGCCUGGAGAGGCCUAAUUUUUUAUGAAUACUGUCUUAUUAUUUUCUUAUGUUUUAAUAAUAUAUAUUUUAUAAUUCAUUUUGUCUUUUGUUGUGUAGCGCCAUCUAGGAGCGGUUUGAAACAUCUUACAGAAAUGAGUUCCGCUUUCGCCGAUAGAUGUCGCUACGUGUAUGAUGUUCGCUCUUACUGCGAUUUAUUUUUUAACGUUUAUUCGAUAAUACAGAAAUUCAGAUCUUUUAUAUUUUUACAUUGACCUUUGGGUUAUUUUAAAUUCUAUAUACAAAUUUUGUAACUAUAUGUAAAAAUUCAUUACUAACUUUUAGAACACAUGUAAUAUUGAUGUUAUUUUCAAUAAGUAAGCCGCAAAGGCAUGUCGAAAUGGUUAUUUAUAUGUUCCUUUAGAUAGUUGUGUAUUGUAUGUAAUAACACAAAUUAAUAAACUACGACGCAGAAAUCUACUUGUUCAGUUACAUUGUAAGAUUAUACUCUUAAGGUAAUAAAUGUGCUCUUGGAA